ACACACACACAGACACACAUGCUUAGGGAGUAGCACGCGACGUGAGGGACUCUUCUCUCCUCGCGCCAGGCUGGUUUUAUAUUUAUUGAGUUUUCAUUGAAAGUGGACACAUCACAGUGCGGCUUUCUCCCUGAGUCCUGCUGUCACCAGGGCUCAAAGUCAUCAGGCUCCUGUUCAACAUGUCCUCAUCAUAUGCUGCUGCCAUAUCAUCCCUCAUCACAGCCAGCACUUCUAAUCCACCCAUCAAACCCAGCCCUCGUCCCACCCCACGCACAGCAGGGAGUCCUGAACCUUCCCCCCGGCCCUACAAAUCCCUGCACCACCCUCCAGCUGUCCAGAUACAGCCUCAUUCACCGGAGCCUCUGGUGACGUACGAGGAGCAACAGGAGAAUCCUGCAGAUUAUGGCAUAGGUGGUUAUUACCUGGUUGAGAUCGAAGAGAUCUUUGUUGACCGCUAUCAAGUGGUCAGGAAGUUGGGAUGGGGUCACUUCUCUACUGUGUGGCUCUGCUGGGAUAUGGAGAGAAGGCAUUUUGUGGCUCUGAAGGUGGUGAAGAGUGCUCAAAUCUACACAGAGACGGCACUGGAUGAGAUCAAACUUCUGAAAUGUGUGAGGGACAGUGACCCCAAAGAUCCUAAACGAGAAAGAAUCGUGCACCUCAUCGAUGACUUCAGGAUCACUGGAGCCAAUGGUGAGCAUGUGUGCAUGGUUCUGGAGGUUCUGGGCCACCAGCUGCUGAGGUGGAUCGUCAAAUCCAACUACACUGGCCUCCCUCUGCCCUGCGUUAAGAGCAUCCUCAGACAGGUUCUGCAGGGUUUAGAUUAUUUGCACACUAAAUGCAAGAUUAUCCACACAGACAUCAAGCCAGAAAACAUCCUCCUGAGGGUGGACGAGGUUUAUAUUCAGAAACUGGCUUCCAACACCAAGCUAUGGCAGCUGCCAGUGUCCUCUGGUAUCUCUAGCUCCCCAGUUAACAGAGGCCUCAGGGAAAAGAAGAGUUUGUCCAACUUUUUGGGGAAGCUGACGGGAGUUUUCCACACUCUUGGGGAGUGGUCUAACAAGGUCUCCAGGAGCCCGAUCAACCGGCUGACGAGGAAAGACAGGAGUCGACGAGGACAGGAGAACAUAUCUGACCUCAAACAGAAAGACAAACUUCAUGUGACAUUUACCGAUAUCACGCCUCCCUCCAGCACCUACAGCUCCACCUGUCAGUCUCAGCUGUCAGGUCCUAACCUCAGAUUAAGGAGGCAGACCCUGCUGCUGGAGGAGGGACUGGACUUGGCUCCAUUCAGCAACAGAGACUCCAUCUGCUCGUGGUCAGACCUCAAAACAGAUGCUCCUGUCUCUGGCUCCAGGUCAGCAUUAUUACAUCAGACUGCUGACAAAGAGCCACCUCCACCUUCAUCAUCCUCCCCCUGUGGUUUCAGUGACUCUGAUACUUUACCUUUGGAUCUACUGAAGCCACAGAAUGCUGAUAAAAUCCUCAUUAAGAUUGCUGACCUGGGCAAUGCCUGCUGGGUGCACAAACACUUCACUGAGGACAUCCAGACGUGUCAGUACCGCUCUGUGGAGGUCUUGAUCGGCGCUGACUACGACACACCAGCCGACAUCUGGAGCACUGCCUGCAUGGCUUUUGAGCUGGUGACUGGGGACUAUUUGUUUGACCCCCAAUCAGGAGCAACAUUCUCCCGAGAGGAAGAUCACAUUGCCCAUAUCAUUGAGCUGCUGGGACCCCUGCCAUCCAAGUUUGCCCUCUCAGGGAGAAAUUCUAAACAAUACUUCAAUCGUAAAGGACAACUUCGACACAUCUCAAAGCUCAAGUCAUGGAGCUUGUUUGAAAUCCUACAAGAUAAGUACGAGUGGCCUCAGGAGGAAGCCGUCAACUUCAGCUCUUUCCUCUUGACCAUGUUAGAGAUGCUGCCAGAGAAAAGAGCCACCGCUGCCCAGUGUCUGAAACACCCCUGGAUCCUCUCCUAGACACAGCGGCCCUGUAUUGCACAGAGCCCAGUGGACUAGCUCUCUGUUCAGCAGCAGACUCAUAUAUUGGAUGUGACAGCUGUGGGAAUAGUCUGGUGCUGGCAUCAUGCACACAGCUUUCAUAAAUAUUUAGGAAGCUUCACUAACAGCCAGUUUAGUUGCUUGGGCUUUUAAACCUUGUUCGUGCCUGGCAUUAACAUGCAACGUGGGUGAUCCGAACAUAAUUGGACAAUUCAAACGUUCAAUUUUAAUGUGUUUCCACUAAAGACUGCGUACAAAGAUGGAUUACACGUCUCCAUAUGAAGCCAAAAUAUCCCAGAUACAAACAAUGCCAUCUUGGGCUGAUGAUGUCAUUUGGAGCUAGAGUGUGUGCAGUAGCGAUAGGGGAAGGGUCAACGCUUACUGUAGUGUAAACAUUAACACUUAAAUAUAUGUCCUCUUUGUGUUAUUCAAUAAACAAUAAAUAUAAUGUACUUUGA